GCCCAAGCAACACAUUCAGCCAAUUGGAAUCAGCGAUUCGUUCCAGGUCCGACCUCGAUCUUGUCUCGAGCAUCACGAGCGUCGUUCGCUCUGCGCUCUGCGCGAACCAAAACGGAGCAACGACAACCGCACUCCGUCGCCGCGUCUCACAGAAUGAACGCCGCGCCGCUGGCAAGACGGCCUCUGGCCUGCCUCAAGGCAGCCAUGCGCCAGACACGGCAGCAAAAACUACUAUUAACCCGGCACAUGGCCACCAGCUCGCAGACAUCGACACCAUCAUCAUCAUCGCCGCCGCCGCCGCCGCCAGAGCACGACUUCUACCGCGUCACCGACCGCAAGACGAAGCAGCUGCGCACCGCCUUCGCCGUGUACCCGAAAGACAUGGUGGCGGGGCGGCGGACGCUGACGCCGGCGCCGGCGAACGCGCUGGAGGCGCUGCACGAGGCGCAGAUCAAGCGGAUGGACCCGACGGGGGCGCGCACGGCGCUGUUCGCCAAGACGCUGGACGCGGCGCACGAGGGCGACGUGCUGAUGGUGACGCACCGGCGCGGGGGGGAGCCGUUCGCGGGCGUGUGCCUGUCGAUCCGCCGGCGCGGCAUCGACACGGCCGUCCUGCUGCGCAACCACCUGGGCAAGGUCGGCGUCGAGAUGUGGUACAAGGUCUACAACAAGAACGUCGCCGGCGUCGAGAUCGUCAAGCGCCGCCUCAAGCGCCCCCGCCGCGCCCGCCUCACCUACAUGCGCAAGCCCAAGCACGACAUGGGCAGCGUCGAGGACCUGGUGUUCGAGUGGAAGAGGUCGAGGAAGGUCUUCUCCAGCGCGAAGACGGCGGCCGGCGCGGCCGCGAACGGUGCGAGCACUGCGAGCGGUGGUGGGAAUGGUGGGGAUGCGGGUGCGGCUGGGAAGAAGAAAUAGGGGGGUUGUUGAAGGCAGCGCAGUUUGGGUGUGAAACCAGUGUAUUGUGGUGGAAUGGGCGUUCCCGUUGUGUACACGUGUAUCCUGUAUACCAUGUAUAGAUCUAUCUACCGAACGGACUUGCUCGCGCCAUUUCGUGCAAAGCUUAGAGCCCAGCUGUGUCGUUAACUGGAGUUCCUCCGAUAUGCCAGCCGUUGCGAAGAUCCGACAGCCGCAAACAGCGCAUAUAUUGGCUGUUCUGGCUAUAUGAGAGAAUCAUGUCUCGCGGGGGGGCGAGGGGGGAGGGGGGAAACUGAGGAAUAAGGGGAAUAAAGCGAAUCACAAACGAAAAAUAGAAAAGUACAGUGAGCCGAAGGGUCUACCAGCGUAGUGG